CGAACAUUGGACCGAUUGCAGUCGCCGCGCGAACGACGGUGGAUUCCGUAAAUAUCCUUGCGACGAUUGAUAGAGACGAUAACGAAUAUUCAGAUACCCCUAAGAGUGGGCUCUCAAACGAUUUUGUUGUCACCCAGAAUCCUACAUCAGAUGACCGUGUUGCAUUUGGUGUCACUGUGACUGAGAUUGAAUCUAAAGAUCUGGACGACGUGCAACACGACGAACUCUUGAGCAGCGACCGCCCCCCAGAGGAUAUCACUCUGAGUCAGCAUGCAGCAGACGUCAUGUCUUUAUUCAAUAAUAUCCGCACCGCACGGCGAAGUAGAUCCGAACAAGCCAUUGCCGUUCGACGUAUCACUGAAUUUAUCGUUCGGCGAUGCGCACCGAUCAUCUCCCAUCGACUCCGAUCUGACAUGUUCAUCUUUCAAGACACGACAUUAGAUAAGAUUCUCCAAGGAUGGAAACCUAGCGACGGGGACCAUUUUGUGAAGACUGAGUGUGAAAUACCAGAACGUCUUAUUCGCUUAUUCCAGACGGUGGGCAUCCAAUGUCGACAGUCCAACAGGAAAUAUUUCGCACCAUGGACGAAGGACAUAGCUCCAGCUUGGAUGAAAGCAUUUCUAUCGUGCCUAUCAUUGUGCAAGGAUUGUUUCAAGCUAGAAGACAAGAAAGUGGCAGGCAACACCACCAUGGGCGCGACUGUUCUAAAAUUGCUCCAAACAUUGAUUGAAUCAGAGGGGUUCAAAUAUCUGCUUCGACUGAGGUCUGUCAACGCUAUCCUGGUGUUAAACCGUCGGCAAGACUCCGCUCGCUCCAAUACUGAAAAUCCAGAAGACUCCGAUGACACACAUGGCGACAAUUUGGAGCUCAUCGCUGAGACAGAAGAGGAUCCGGUCGCUCUUACCAUGCGAUACCUUGGUAACGCCGUCGCGUGGAUCAAUGCAACAGAUUUUUUAUUUUCCAGUUCACGUAUUCGACGUACCCCGAGGCUUCGUCUCCAUCUCGCGAUCACCGCUCCUCCUGUCGAGCCGAAAGCAAUGGAAGAUGCAGUACCAAUCUUCACGGAUAUAUUCAACAAAACCCUUAAAAAUUGGGAGGAUCAAUCCAGAGGCCGCAACUCGGGGGUGCGUUCAUGGUACUGGCAAUCUGUUGGGAGGCUUCGAAAGUCCAGGGAGUUUCAUGGUACAGUCCACUGCGAGGCAUCGCUGAUGGGUGCCAUUGUACACUACAAUGGCCAAGCUAAUAACACGCAUAAUACCCAACUUCCGGAGAUAUUCCAUAGCACUUCCAACAAGCCAAGGACAAUUGGAGUGGCUCAAAAAUGUUGUUGGUGCUGCAACAUGCUGGCCACCCUCCUGAACUCAGCAGAUAUCCAGUUCAGCCUCCCAGGCUCGCAUGGUCGAAUAUUCCCGUGGGCCCUUCCCAGUAUGGGAAUAUCUUAUGAAGUUGCUUGCUCCCUUGAGGAUAAGCUUCAAAAACAACUGUCACUGGCAAUUUGGAAGAUGCUGGAUGAAUUAAGAUGUAUAUCUGAAAGCCAGACAAACAGCCCU